AUGCCCUGGUUUUUCAUAAUAUUCCUUCUUGGUUUCACAUUUAAUAACCUCUCAGAAGCUAGCCAUGGAAAGAAACUUCCAUCUGCAGUUGUUGUUGGUACUGUCUACUGUGACACAUGUUUCCAAGAGGAUUUCUCAAGGAGCAGCCACUUCAUUUCAGGUGCAUCGGUUGCAGUAGAGUGCAAGGAUGAGAAAUCAAGGCCAAGUUUUCGAGAAGAAGUGAAAACAGAUGAGCAUGGAGAAUUCAAAGUUCAUUUGCCUUUCCCAGUGAGCAAACAUUUAAACACAAUUAAGAGAUGUUCAGUGAAGUUACUAAGCAGCAGCGAGCCAUAUUGUGCUGUGGCUUCAACAGCAACUUCAUCAUCACUUCGUCUCAAAAAACUCCAGGGAAUUCGGUCCCAAAAAGCUUCUUUGCCUCCUAAUGAUAACCCAACAUUUCCACCUCCACUUCAAGACCCAACAACACCUAAUCUACCUCCUUUGAACCAACGCUAUCUUCCUCCUCUUCCUCUGCUUCCACAAUUGCCACCAUUACCGCAACUCCCUCCUCUCCCACCUCUUCCAGGACUACCUUUUCUUCCACCAAUUCCAGGAAAUACUAAAAAGAUCAAAACUACAGAAUCUUUUGAAAGCACAACAUUACCAGAUCAGAAUGCAGUGCGCCAUCCUAAUCAAUUUGGCUUCCCAACACCACCACUUUUUCCACCAAACCCUUUUCAGCCACCUCCAAUAUUUCCUCCGAUAAUUCAGCCACCUCCACUAUUUCCUCCAAUAAUUCAGCCACCUCCACUAUUUCCUCCCAUACUUCCUCCAAAUCCACUUCAGCCUCCUCCAAAGCCAGUUUUUCCUUUGCCACCAAUCCCUGGCCUGACUCCACCUCCUACAAUAUUUCCUCCCAUAAUUCCUCCAAAUCCACUUCAGCCUCCUCCAAAUCCAGUCUUUCCUUUGCCACCAAUCCCUGGCCUGACUCCACCACCUCCACCUCCCUUCUCAUUGAUUCCCCCUCUCCCUCCUUUACCUCCUCUCAUACCCGGAAUCCCCCAGCUUCUUCAUCUUCACAGAAAACAUCUCCUUGACUGA